GGAGCUCAACAGCCAAAGCAAGCUUUCCUCUCUAUCCUCUGCCUUACAAGGACAAGACAAAGUAUAUUAAUACCUGUUCUAGGUUAUAGCCCCUGGAAAAUGGCAAAGGGGUCAUAUGGUAGAGGCAAAGCUAUCAAAUCAUCACUUUUUCAUAUUCCUUUGGGCACAUUGGAAGGCAUUUUACUUCCAUCCUCCUUUUCAGGAAGGUGGGACCAUGUGAUUGAAUCUGGCCAGUGGAAUAUGGGUAAAAAUCAUAUGUGCUGUUUCUAGGCGUGGUCCUUAAAACCUCCUACAUGAUUUUAUAUGUUCUCUCAUCCACAUCCAGGCACCAGAAGCCAAGACUCCAGCAGAGGACUUGCUGGGGAUAGUGGAGUUGCCAGAAGUUACUAGAAGGUAAGAGCCUGAGUUCCUAAUGAUUGCAAAGCACAGAACUGUAUCCCCCCAGUGAUCUAGUGGGAAAUAAACUAUUGUGUAAAGGCACAGUAAGUUGAGGAUUGUUACAGCAGCUAACAUUACUUACUCUAAUACUAAAGAAGUAGAAAGACAACAGAGGUUACAAAGCCUCUGAGGCCUGACUAUUUAGCUUAGAAUCCUAGCUCUACAACUAAUUGUGCAGGCCCAGUUUCUGAGUCUCUCCAUGCCUGAGUUCAUCUGUAUGCACAACAGAAAUAUCACUAGUAGCUGUUACCUCAUGGGAUUUUUUAAGGUUAAAAUGAGUAAAUUCAUAUCAAGCAUUUAGAACAGUGCCUGAUACAUGGUAAACACCGUAUAAGUACUGGUUUUGAAAAUUAGACCCUAAGAUGUGGGAAGGUUGGGGUCAUAUCUCCUCUGAAAGUUACCAUACACUCAGUGUUAAUGAAAGGCAUGGAUCCUAGAUGAUAGUUGCCUUAUACUGGGGGGCCUGGGAGAGGCAUGUGUACCCCUUCCCACCACAAGAUUAUAACCUCUCCCGAUCCCACAAAUUUCAAAGUAACUUGCUAAUGUCCUAGAAGGGAGGGUGGUGAAGAAUAUCACAAUUUUCAGAAAUAUUAGUGUAUGACAACCAGUUUGCAAUUAUGAAACAGGCUGAAGUUCAAUUAAUUCUAAAACAUCAGAAAUGUUUGUGGGAGAUCGCAAACAAUGAAUGCCAUAAGUGCCCUCUUGUGGCAGUCUCAUACCGCAUAAGAUUGAUCCCUUCCUCUUCCAGAAGGCUCCAGAACCCAUUGCCCACCCUAGAAAUUAGUCAGUCUGGCAGACUCUACUGGGAAGCCAGGUUGCUCCAGGCACUGUGCUUACCUGAAGUACUGGAAGAAAUGAAUGAGACUUGAGGUCUGCUCUCAAGCUGCCUUUAGCCUGAGCUCCAACCCCUCUCUCUGAUGAGCACUACUUUUCUGAAUGUUGUCUGAAUAUUAGCAUUAAGCAAGCUGUCUUGAGCUUAUCUGGAAACUUUUAGACUGUUACCUAGCUGGGUAAUUAAGGGUAGAAAGAACUUUUUCAUGUCUGGGUUCACCAAUAUAGGUCAUUUGUGUGUUGGGGAAGGGCGGGGCAGUAAAAUCUUAAUAGCAUUGCUUUCCCUUUGGCCCAAAAUACAUUUCUUGGAUUGGUCUCCCUGUUGAACUGCAGUUCAUCCACAAAAACCCCAUUCAGAUGUUGCCACCUGCUGAAAUUCUUGCCUGACCUUAUCUAAUGCAGUUAAUUUACUCUUCUUUGUUCUCCUUCUGCACUACUUGUUUGUGAUUUAUUUGCUUAUUGACUGUCUCAUUUUUGCAGUUGUUGUUCAUUCUGCCUAUAGGGCUGUUCCUUUAUUAUUUAUAAACCUGGCUUCUUUUUUUAUUUGGUUCAAAUAUCACCUUCUGUGGACAUUUUUUUGUCCAUUUACCUAUUCUGGUAUUUAUUUUUCCUUCCUGCCUUAUUAAUAGAACCAUUAAACAUUGGUUAGGGACACGGCCACCCAGCAUGAAGAUUACAUUUCCCAGCUUCCUUUGCAACCAGGUGUGACUAAGCAGUGGCCAGUGAAAUAUAAGUGGAAGUAUAAGGUGCCAGCUUCCAGGAAUGUUCCUUAACACUCAGUGAUUUCUUCUAUAUUCCCUCCAUCCUGCUCACUAGAUGAUGAUUGGAGCUCUGGUUGCCAUCUUGGACCAUGAGGAUGAAGAAUGUGGAGGGGUGAGCUGAAAAGAACUUGGAUUCUUCAUGACCUUGUGGUGCCACUCUGCUAGUCCUGGAUUGCUUGCAUCUAGACUUCAUUUACAUACCAGAGGCAAUAACAUGAUGCCAUGGCUAAGAGGACGAGUCCUCAAGGUGCUGAGAAGUGCGCGGGGAUUCUGCGGGCCUCAUGGGCAACCGCCACCUCUACUUGACCCUCAGGACAUUGUGGCCACCUGGGAAGCAAUCAGCCUGGGGAGGCAGCCAGUGCCUGAGUACUUCAACUUUGCUCACGAUGUACUGGAUAUGUGGAGCCAGCUAGAAAAGGCUGGACACAGGCCCCUGAUCCCUGCAUUCUGGUGGGUCAAUGGCACGGGAGCAGAAGUCAAGUGGAACUUUGAGCAGCUGGGGCAGCAGUCCAGGAGGGCGGCGAAUGUGCUGAGGGAUACGUGUAGCCUUCAGCCUGGGGACAGGAUGAUGCUGGUGCUCCCGCGGCUCCCGGAAUGGUGGCUGGUCAGCGUGGCAUGUAUACGGACAGGGGCUGUCAUGAUUCCGGGUGUCUCUCAGCUGACGGAGAAGGACCUCAAAUACAGGCUGCAGGCAUCCAGGGCCAAGUCCAUUAUCACCAGUGACUCCCUGGCUCCGCGGGUCGACGCCAUUAGUGCUGACUGCCCCUCCCUUCAGACCAAGCUACUGGUGUCAGACAGCAGUCGGCCAGGCUGGAUGAACUUCAGGGAACUCCUCCGCGAGGCAUCCACAGAACACAACUGUGUGAGGACCAAGAGUCAAGACCCACUGGCCAUCUACUUCACAAGUGGCACUACUGGGGCCCCCAAGAUGGUUGAGCACUCCCAGGCCAGCUAUGGACUGGGUUUUGUGGCCAGUGGAAGGCAUUGGGUGGACCUGACCAAAUCAGACAUCUUCUGGAACACCUCAGACACGGGCUGGGUGAAGGCAGCCUGGACCCUCUUCUCCGCCUGGCCUAAUGGAUCUUGCAUUUUUGUGCAUGAACUGCCCCGAGUUGAUGCCAAGGUUAUUCUGAAUACUCUCUCCAGUUUCCCGAUCACCACCCUCUGCUGUGUCCCCACCAUCUUCCGGUUGCUUGUACAGGAGGAUCUGACCAGGUACCAGUUUCAGAGCCUGAGGCAUUGUCUGACCGGAGGAGAGGCCCUGAAUCCUGACGUGAGAGAGAAAUGGAAGAGCCAAGUGGGCCUGGAGCUGCAUGAAGGCUAUGGCCAGUCUGAAACAGUUGUAAUCUGUGCCAAUUCAAAAGGCAUGAAAAUCAAAUCUGGAUCCAUGGGGAAAGCAUCCCCACCUUACGAUGUGCAGAUUGUGGACGAUGAAGGCAACAUCCUGUCUCCGGGAGAAGAGGGAAAUGUUGCUGUCCGAGUCAGGCCUGCCCGGCCCUUCUGUUUCUUCAGUUGCUAUUUGGACAAUCCUGAGAAGACAGAGGCAUCAGAACGAGGGGACUUUUACAUCACAGGGGACCGAGCCCACAAGGACAAGGAUGGCUACUUUUGGUUCAUGGGACGAAAUGACGAUGUGAUCAAUUCCUCAAGCUACCGGAUUGGGCCUGUUGAAGUGGAAAGUGCCCUUGCCGAGCACCCAGCUGUCCUGGAGGCUGCUGUGGUCAGCAGUCCAGACCCCAUCAGAGGGGAGAUUUAUAGACCUGAAGUCAGUCUUGCUGAAUCAGAGCGAUUGGGGAUGCAGCCCACGGCAUCUUCAUUUUGACCAGAAGCCCCUAUCCAAGUGAUCCUGGUGCCCAUUAAACUUUCAGGCCACAGGCACCUGGGUGGCUCAUUUGGUUAAGCAUCUGACUCGUGAAUCAGCUCAGGUCACGAUCUCACAGUUCAUGACAGCGCAGUCUGUUUGGGAUUCUCUCUCUCCAUCACUCUCUGCCCCUCCCUGCCAUCUUAAAAUAAAUCAGUUAACAUGAAAAAAACUUUGAGGCCACUAAUUUGAAAAAGGGAGGUGGGAACCCCAUGUCUGUGUUGGAGAAAUCACAGCUGGAAAAGUACAGCUAGUUUUGUAUGCCACAAAUUAACUGGGGUUUUGACAAAUGGCUGUGUGCACAGUUAAUCUGCUUAUAGUACUCAGAACAGAGCCUGGCGUGUAGAAGGUACUCAAUAAAUGUUUGGUAGUUUUAACGGCCAGAGAAAUCCCUUCCUAAUAACCAGAUUUGUUUGAACUUGGAAUGGUAGUGAGAUGCCCACCUUUGGGAAGUAUGCAAGGAUGGUGAACCACCACCUAACAGGAUGUUGUUGACUGAGCUAUAUGCUGGGGUGGAUAAGCAACCUACUGGCCUUUGAACUCUUCCAUUCCUAUCAGAAACCAUGUUCUGUUGUGCCUGAAUUCAGGACUCCUCCUGCAUGGCAGGAGGCAGCCUGCAAAGAAAGACUCAGGCAGAAACUACCAAGGUGCAGAAUGUCCCUCAGGAUGCCUGGCAUGGAAGCUGUGCAGCAAAACGUUUGCUGAUUGUAAACACUCAUAUAUGCGGGCUCAGAAAGACCCAUCUCCCCUUGGGAGAGUGGUCUGCAUUUUCCCGAAUCCUGCCUAUCUGGGGCAUUGCCAGUUACCUUUCUAGUCAGGAAGACCUGGAAGGUAUGGACCCUAAGGAGUUUGUGAAGCUCUUUACUCCAAAGUAUUUCCAUUGGAAGAGAAGCCCAUUGACUGCUAAUGGUGUCAUUUCAGGAAAGGAGAGAAGUUUGGGAAACAGGUAGGAUCCUGGAAUCAUUCCAUAAAAGC